CGUGCCACCCAUCUAUCCAUCUCGCAGCUCUCGUCUCCGACAACCGUUCGCCCCCACCGCCUUCCCGCGCCGCCCACGCACUCCUCCGUCUCGUCCCCGGCGCGCCCAUGACGACGGCGUCGCGCGCGCUCGGCUCCGCGUUCGCGGGACUCACGCGGACCCCCGCCACGACGACCCUGCACUCCCCGUGCGGCUCGUCGGCGCUACUGCGGCACUGGCAGUGGAGCCGGGCCAGCCGCGCCCGGCAAUUCUCGUCCGGCCGCGCGGCACGGAUUAGCAUGAGCCUCCGCGCAGGAAUUGUGGGACUGCCCAACGUUGGCAAGUCCACCCUCUUCAACGCCAUUGUCGAAAAUGGGAAGGCACAAGCUGCAAACUUUCCCUUUUGCACCAUCAGCCCAAACGUUGGUGUGGUAGCUAUCCCUGAUCCUCGCCUGCAGGUGCUCUCAAAAUUAAGCAAGUCACAACAAACAGUCCCGACAUCCAUAGAGCUUGUGGACAUUGCAGGUCUUGUCAAAGGAGCAAGCAAAGGAGAGGGACUAGGAAAUCAAUUUCUUUCAAACAUCCGUGAAGUAGAUUCCAUACUUCAGGUUGUGCGAUGCUUUGAGGAUGAUGAUAUUGUUCAUGUCAAUGGCAAAGUUGAUCCCAGGUCUGACAUUGAUGUCAUCAACCUAGAGCUGAUAUUUUCAGAUCUUGAGCAGAUAGAGAAGAGGUUAGAUAAGCUUAAAAAGAGCAAAACUAAAGAUGCACAAGUAAAAGUGAAGGAACAAGCAGAGAAAACAGGACUGGAAAAAAUACAGGAGGCGCUUAUGGAUGGAAGGCCUGCAAGAUCGGUUGAUUUGGCGGACCAUGAGAAAGAAGCUAUACAGCAUCUUUGUCUCCUGACUAUGAAACCUGUCAUUUAUGUUGCUAAUGUCACAGAAUCAGAUCUUGCUGAACCUGAUAGCAAUCCUCAUGUCAAAGAGGUGGCUAAAGCAGCAUCAGACUUGCAGUCUGGCAUGGUUACGAUAUCAGCUCAGGUUGAAGCUGAACUGGCUGAGCUACCUUUGGAAGAGAGAGUAGAAUAUCUAAAAUCUCUUGGUGUUGCUGAAAGCGGACUAGGCAAUUUGGUAAAAGCGACAUAUGACCUAUUGGGACUACGAACUUAUUUCACAACCGGAGAUAAGGAAACGAAAGCUUGGACUAUUCUUUCAGGCAUGACUGCGCCUCAAGCAGCUGGAGUUAUUCAUAGUGACUUUCAGAAAGGAUUUAUCAGAGCUGAAACUGUAUCCUACGAUGAUUUUGUGGCAGCUGGUUCUCUCGGAGCAGCAAGGGAGAAAGGGCUGUUGAGGUUGGAAGGGAAGGAUUAUGUUGUGCAGGAAGGCGAUGUCAUGCUUUUCAGAUUCAACGUGUGACAGUAGCACAAAGCUUCAAAAUAUUGGGAUUUUGUACAAGACAGAUUGGCAUAAUAUAAUUUGCCCAUACUAUGACAAAUUUUUUUGGCCUUAUGACAUGAUUAUUCAUGUACCGGCAUUAUUACUUUUCUUAUGAGGAAAAGCAAACCAUGAUCCAAUGUUUAAGUAUCAUCCGUCACAUUUUGAGAAAUAUACCAUGCAAGAGUUCUUCA